CUCGUUCGAGAGAGUUAGCGAGGAACUGCAGCUGGCUUUAGGGAAGGAGCGGCAAAGGGAGUCUGAACUCCAGGAGAUACGAGAAGGCUACGAGAGACUCCUGGACAGGAAGGAGCAAGAGCUGACUGAAGUGUUGCUGAAGAUGGAAGUCUUAGGGAACAGCCUGGAGGAGACAGAAGUGAGGCUGAAUGAGAAGUUGAAGGUACUGUAUGUAGCUGCGGCUCUCCUCAGAAUGACCGCAGGCCCAACGUUGAUCACGCAGGAGAUGACCCGGAAAGCUUUAUGUCUGUGAUCCAGGUCCUGGAAACCAAGCUUUAUUUGACAGAGGAGAAGCUAAGGGAGAUCAUGCAAAGACUGGAGGAGCACCAGAGUCACAUCGGCUGCCAGGACCCCCACCUCUGCUCUCAGCUGACUCAGAGCCGAGCCACCGCUCAGCACCUCAGUCUGCAGCUGCACAGCCAGGCCAAGCAGAGCCGGCGCUUCGCCCAGGAGGCGGAGGGGCGCUGCAGGGUGUUGUCCGGCAGGUUUCAGAUCGCACUGAACAUCGUACAGGCCUGCAGAGGGAGGCUCCAAGCCGCUCCGGUUAACAUCACAGACUUCGACAAGCAACUCGCCGCAGCUGCUUCCUGCAUUCAGCAAGGAGAGAAGGAUGCUGAUCAACUGCAGCAGGAAUCACUUAACGCCAGCAAAGGAGGGGACAAGAUCCUCAGUGAUGAGACUUUAGCUGGAGCUGAGAACAACAGUGCUACGUUUACCUCAGAGGAGGACAUAGAAACAGUUGGAAAGUGUCUAACGAGGGAAGUGCUUUUAGUAGAUCAAAUGUUGUCCGUCCUGCAGAGUCAACCUACUGUUAUAUCUCUAACACCAAGAGAGGAGGAGGGGGAUUUGGCACACAGGUACAACAUAAUGAUAUCGCAAAGAAUAGCCUUAAAAAUGACUUAUUCUGGGAGAGCAGGAUGUGACAACAAGGACCCUAUAAAAAGGGCAAUAGGUAGAGUCUGUGCUGAAGCAGAGAUCAUUUAUGCUGCCCUGAAAUUUCAACUGCAACAUGAGAGCGUUACUCAAGAAAAGAAUCCAAAAGUUGAGCAUCAAAAGAAGAGUCUGGCAAAUGUGAAUCCCCCGGAGUUGGCUCCUUAUGAGGAGCAGCAGGUUCAGGGACAGCGAAAAGGUUCAGAAGGAGCCACACAGCCACCUGAAAGACAUCAACCUGGAAGAAAGGAAGAGAAAGAACCAGAGUGGUUAGAGAGACUUAUAUCUCGGCUGCAAAGGAGAGCUACAUUCUUACGCAAACUCUGCCAGGAAGUUUCCGAUGGCAGCGGAGUAGAGCGAGGCGUGGAUGAUAAGUGGGAAAAUGCUUCUGCAGCCGACCUCAGGUGGAUGAAGGAGCAGGCGAAGUUGAUUUAUCUGUCAGACAGACUGCACUCGGAUUUAGAGCGGCAGCGCAGCGAGGUGUUACAGGGCAAACUGCAAGCUCUGUGCCAAGAGCAGGGCAGCACAUUAAAGGAUGAGCAGGAGGCUUUUCCUCACACCUUAUGUCAGCUUCAGGAGGACAACAGCGCAUUACGAGAAACACUGGAGCAUGCUGAGCAGAAGAUCAUAUUUAUUGAGACUGGGAACCGGAGGCUGCUGGAAGACAUCGAGAAAAUCGAGGAAUAUCACGAGGAAAGGAUGAAGAAUCUGGAAAGUGGGUUUCAAGAGAAGAUCGGGGAGCUGCAACACAUCCACGAAGAGGAGAUGCAGAACUUGCAUGGCUACUACGUCAAGUCCUCCAAAGAGAAACAGAGCAACAUCUGCACAGAGUCAGAAGAGGAUUACCUGAAAGAAACACACGAGGCGACCUGUGAUCAGGGCUUCGCUGCUAUGGAGGAGAUGCACCGGCAGCUGAUCUCAGACCUGCAGAAGCAGCAUCAGACGGAGAUGGCAGCGCUGCUGAAGCAGAAAGACAGGCUGCUGCAGGAAGAGACCGCCGCCACCAUGGCAGCUAUUGUAGCGAUGAGAAGAGCCCAUAAAGUGGAGCUGGAGAAAAGCCGGCAGUCUCAGCACAUCAAGAAGAGCGCUGACAUCACUCAACUGCAAAAUGAAUAUGAGACAAAAUAUACGCCCAGAACAAGCUCAAGGCCCUCCAUACGACCAGCCUGGAUGAACCACACCAAGAUGUCACUUGGUCAAACCUUGGUCAGGACAGAGCCUCAAAGACAAUGGGACAAACACAAGUAAUGCUGCUUUUCUGAAGAAGAAAGAUAAAUCCUCCCUCACACGUCAGAUCAGAGGAGUCCGAUCAAAGAGUUUAAAAGAAGGUCUUUCUAUCCAAGAAAGAAUGAAGUUGUUUGACCACACUGGCUUUUCUAGAUGACCAUUUUUAAGAUUGAUAUAAAAUAUUAAAGGAAUCACAAAAAUAUAUAUUUUAUGUUGGUCCUAUUACAGUGCACAGUGUAACGUAUAGACCAUAGACUGUAUAUAUAAAUGGACGUAGGGUCCGUGACGUCACCCAUAGGAUUCUGCAGAGUUGCCGUGAAGCCCUUAGUAGGCGGAGUCGGCCACUAACGGCUCGACAGUGACGUCAGA